AUGCCAAAACGUAGAAGAAAGCCCAGAAACGCCGAUGCCUCGGAUGCGAGCGGAGAAGAUAACGUAGUACUGCGUGAGACACUACCCUUGCAACUACGCUACUACGGUGACCCUGUUCUUCGUAAAAAAGCCGAACCGAUUACAGAGAUCACAGAGGCAGAACUCCAGAUUGCUGAACAGAUGUUAGAGACACUGUACACUACAGGCACUGGAAUUGGGCUCGCCGCGACACAAGUCGGUAUUUUGAAGAGACUUAUCAUCGUUGACAUAGGCGAGGAUGACGAUGAGGAAUACGAACCUCUGGCACUGUUUAACCCCGAAAUUCUGAGCUUUGAGGGAGAAAUUGUUGCCGAGGAAGGAUGCCUCAGUAUCCCCGAUGUAACCGCUGAUGUGAAACGUCCAGAACAAAUUGUCGUUGAGGGGAUUAAUGUCCAGCGUGAACCCAUCCGUAUUGAAGCCGAUGGCUUAUUAGCACGCGUUCUGCAACACGAAAUAGAUCAUCUCAACGGUAUACUUUUUAUUGAUCGGAUCAACGGAUUAAAGCGCCGUUUGCUGAGCGAUGAAUUGCUGAGAGUGCAACAAGCCCAGCGACCCUCUUAA